CCCGGGACGGUUUCUGGCGUGCAGCCUCUGUCAUCCUUGCUGACUCGGGGUCGCCGUCCCUGUCCGGGAAAGGAGGGCUUUCUGCCUCUCUCUCUCUGUCUCUCCUCGUUGCACGGGCUCGGGCCAGCGCUUCGGGACCCCGGCGUUGGGGAGGUGAAUGGCACCGGCUGCCGCUUUGAGCUCCCGAAAAAGAGCUCUCGCUCGGCCGGUCUUUCUCUCCCUGCCGGAUCCCCCUCUUCCUUACCGCCUCCUGGCCCCAGGAUUUUCCAUCCUCGCUCCAGGCGGAAAAUAAAUGAUCUCACCCUGACUGUGUGGAAUGGAGACAGCUGGCACCCAGAAGAACCUGAAAGAUCCCCAGGAGCUCCGGCGCGCCCGGGACUUCCGCUCCCCGGGGGAAUAACGAAGAAGCCGCGUCCCCCGCACAAAGGCAGCGAGCGGCCUCUCACCCAUCGGCUUCUAACAGCCGCGGGACCGGUCGGGUCGAGCGCAAUCGGGGUCUUUUCCCACUCACCCACCCACCCACACACACCCGCUUGGCCGGUGAUUCCUGGUGCCCUUGGAGGAGCGGGGCCGUCGGUCGUUCCCUAUGGCCGGGCUAUUCACCUCUACGCUGAAGACCCUGGAAGACUUAACCCUGCACUCCGGGUAUGGGGCAGGGGACUCCUGCCGGUCCCUCAGCCUCUCCUCCUCCCGGUCUAACUCCCAAGCCCUGGCGUCUUCUCAGCACCGGGGCAACUGGUGGUACUACUCGGGCUCCAUGAACAGCCGGAAAAACAGCUGGGACACGGUCAACACCGUCCUGCAGGAGGACCCCGAGGUGGCCGACAUCUUUUCCAAGUGCGCCAAGCUGCCCGAUCUGGAGGAAUUCCCUUGGACGGACGAGGACAUUGGGAAGAUCCUUCGGAAAGGAGGAGGAGGAGGAGGAGCGGGCAAGGGGGACUUCAGCCCCGAAGCCGUGAGGAGGCUGUCCGUCUUGCUCCGGAGACCCUUGAUCCGGAUCUCCAGGGAGGCGCAGCGGCUGAGCGUGAUGCACGCCAAGUGCACGCGCUUUGAGAUCCAGAGUGCCAUCAAGCUGAUCCAGAGCUGGUCCUUGUCGGAAAGCUGCGUCCUGGCCACGGUCAAGGCGCUCUCGCUCUACAGCAUGAGCGCCGGGGACGGCCUGAGGAAGGGCAAGUCGGCCCGCUGCGGCCUCACCUUUUCGGUCGGGAGGUUUUUCAGGUGGAUGGUGGACACGCGGAUCUCGGUGCGCAUCCACGAGUACGCGGCCAUCUCUCUGACGGCUUGCAUGGAGAACCUGGUGGAGGAGAUCAAGGGCAGGGUCCUGGCCAGCCAAAGCCCGGAUGGAGGCGGAGGGGCGGCGGAGAUCUCAGCCGAAGGCCUCGAGGGGGUCAUCAACAACGAUGCGGAGCUCUGGGGAGUCCUGCAGCCCUACGAGCAUCUCAUCUGCGGGAAGAACGCCAGUGGUGUGCUUUCACUACCUGCAUAUUUCAGUCCUUAUAACGAUGGAUCCAUGUGCAACAAUGGAAGAGCUGAUGCUUACGCCCAGCUAGAAUUAAGAACUUUAGAACAGUCUCUCCUGGCAACUUGUGUUGGAAGCAUUUCUGAGCUGAGUGAUUUGGUAUCACGAGCAAUGCACCAUAUGCAGUGUCUGAAUACCCUCCGCCCGGGCAUGAGCCCUGUUCGACAAACGAGGCAGCAGCAGCAGCCCAUUACCUGGUCCCCCGAUGCCCUCCAUACCCUCUACUACUUUUUACGCUGCCCUCAAAUGGAGUCCAUGGAAAAUCCCAACCUAGAUCCACCAAGGAUGGCCCUGAAUAAUGAACGGCCCUUCAUGCUGCUUCCCCCAUUGAUGGAAUGGAUGCGCGUAGCUAUAACGUAUGCUGAGCACCGGCGCAGUUUAACAGUGGACAGCGAUGAUAUAAGGCAGACAGCCAGGCUGCUCUUACCUGGGUUGGACUGUGAGCCUCGCCAGCUAAAGCCUGAGUGCUGCUUCAGUUCUUUCCGGAGAAUGGAUGCGAAGGCUGCCACUGAAAAAUUCCAGCAAGACCUGGGCUUUCGAAUGCUGAACUGCGGAAGGACUGACUUGAUCAACCAGGCUAUAGAAGCAUUGGGAGCUGAGGGAGUUAAUACAAUGGAUGAUCAGGGUAUGACUCCACUCAUGUAUGCCUGUUCUGCUGGAGAUGAAGCCAUGGUCCAGAUGCUGAUUGAUGCUGGAGCAAAUCUAGAUAUACCUGUCCCGAGUGGUUCAUCCCGAUACCUAUCGGUUCAUCCUGAUAGCAGGUAUUGGACAGCGCUCACCUUUGCCGUAUUACAUGGACAUAUCUCUGUAGUUCAGCUGCUCCUGGAUGCUGGAGCCCACGUUGAAGGUUCUGCUGUUAACAGUGGAGAAGACAACUAUGCGGAGACCCCACUUCAGCUGGCUUCAGCAGCAGGCAACUAUGAAUUGGUCAGCUUGCUGCUGAGCCGGGGAGCGGAUCCUCUCCUGAGUAUGUUGGACGCUAACGGGAUGUCCUCUUCACUUCAUGAGGAUAUGAACUGUUUUAGCCAUGCUGCUGCCCAUGGACACAGAAAUGUUCUGCGGAAGCUCCUCACACAACCACAGCAGUCCAAGGGAGAUGUUCUGUCACUGGAAGAGAUUUUAGCAGAGGGUGUGGAAAAUGACACCUCCAGCCAAGGAAGUGCCAAUGAAGGCCAAGUUAAGUUGUGUAAAACCAGGAUGAAGGCUUUACAGGAGGCCAUGUAUUACAGCGCUGAGCACGGUUAUGUUGACAUCACGAUGGAGCUUAGAGCACUUGGAAUUCCCUGGAAGCUCCAUGUAUGGAUUGAGUCACUUCGGACAACUUUCUGUCAGUCACGUUACUCGGUGGUGCAGAAUCUCUUGCGGGAAUUUGUUACCAUUAAGGAAGAAGAAUACAAUGAAGAGCUUGUUCACGAUGGACUGCAACUUAUGUUUGAAAUCCUCAGAACCAGCAAAAACGACUCUAUCAAUCAGCAGCUGGCAGCCAUCUUUGCUCACUGCUAUGGAAGCAGCCCCAUCCCCACCAUUCCUGAAAUCAGAAAGACACUUCCAGCCCGACUAGAUCCUCAUUUUUUAAAUAACAAAGAUAUGUCUGAUGUUACUUUUCUAGUGGAAGGAAAGCUCUUUUAUGCACAUAAAGUUCUCCUCGUUACAGCUUCCAACAGAUUUAAGACACUGAUGACAAAUAAAACAGAAAAAGACAGCCAAGGCAGUAAGACUGUGGAAAUCAGUGAUAUGAAAUAUAAUAUCUUCAAGAUGCUGAUGCAGUAUUUAUAUUAUGGAGGAACAGAAUCUAUGGAAAUUCCUACUUCUGAUAUCCUUGAGUUGCUCUCUGCUGCAAGCCUCUUCCAAUUGGAUGGCCUCCAGCGACACUGUGAAAUAUUAUGUGCUCAGACCAUCAGCACUGACACCUGCAUUAACAUCUAUAAAUAUGCUAAGAUCCACAAUGCCCCAGAGCUGGCCUCUUUUUGUGAAGGCUUCUUCCUCAAGCACAUGAAUGUUCUGCUGGAGCAAGAGACUUUCAAGCAACUCAUCUAUGGCAGGAAUAGUAAAGUCCAGGGUCUGGAUCCCCUCCAGGAUUUGCAAUCCACGCUGGCCAGCAGACUUCAUUCCAUCUACAUCACAUCGAGGGUGUGACUGCCAAGAUGAACUACAACCUCCUGCCAGGAAAAGCUGAGAACUUUGGUCAAAGCACCUGCUCAUCUUAACUGCACUAGACCAGGACCUAGCCGAACUGCAAGCUUCCCCUUCUACAGACACUAGUUUGAGCUGAAAGCUUCUCCACUCCACCGGUGUCAUCAGCAAGUAACUACAGAACAGUGGAUCACUCAGGAGUGUGUGAUGCUGCUGCUGCAAUUUCAUCUGAAAACUAUUGAGGAAUAUGUUCCUACACUUCCAGAAUGAAACCCAAGUCACAGGAGAACUUGGGGCCUAACUAAAACUACAUCUCAGUGUGUCCAAAAUAUAUAAAAAGACUCCACACACAGACCAUAGCUGGCAUUUAGUUAUUAACCACAGUUGUCCUGCUAACAGGAAGCUGUAAGUAUAGAAAUCUGCUAGGGGCAUUUUUCUAUAUGAUCUAGUAACAAAAUAUUAGUGUGUCAUGUUGUUUGUGUAUCAGAGGUUGGAACAUUCUUGUUUAACAUGUUCGUGCUACUAAUAGAUACAAAUUUAAUUCAUUAACAUUGAUAGUUGAGGUGAAACUUACCAAAUUAAUUAGUGACACUAAUUGCUAAUAACUUGUCACUAAAAUUUUCAUUUAAAAUCAUUAAAUAUCUAUAAUUUUAAAGGGGCAGCCUUAAAUUACUUCCCAAAAGUGAUGAUUUGAAAUAAUGUGAAAUGUUAUUUAUUACCCAGUUCCAUAGUGCUCUUGUUGACUAGCUAUUUAAAUACCAACUUUUGAAACUAGGUUGAAAAUUUACAUAGCAAGAGCUCAGAAAUUAAUAUAACCAUUUAUUUCUAAGCUCUGUGGUAUAGAGAAAAUUGGGCUAAAGUUUCAUAUCUACAAACAACCUGACACACUGCUCUGUCACAUGAUAAAGGAAUCUGGCUGUUUACCCAUUAAGACAUACGAACUCUAUAACGUGGUUACCAUGAGUGAGGCUGAAACUCUUACAUGCAAUUAAAUCCCAGGGAAUUCGGUGGAAUUUACUUUCAAGGAGAAAUGCAGAGGAUUGUGCUAUAAAACUGGUUUCCAUAAAGGUUCAAAUAACGUGCCAUUGAAUAAGAGAGUCUAAAUUAAAUUACAUUCAUUUUUAGUUAUACCCCUUACAAGCAGUUUAAAGAAAAAAUGAUCAAACUCUUUGGCUCUGCUCAAGUUAAUCUGGCUAUGACCGUCACACUGUGGUGCCAGCAAUAUUCACUGCUGCAAGGCCAGAAUUUCUCCUAAUACUGUGGAAAUACUGUUUAGGAAUAAAGGGCUGGAGCUUGGUUUUCUCUGUGCUGUAUUUAAGCAAUAAUUUCCUGAAAUUCAUGACACUGUGCUUCCCAUAUUGACUCUUGUGCCACUGGGAAUUGUAUGCAGUGAACGUUAUUUCUUGGAGAGUCAUCAAUACCUCCAAAUCCAGCUAAGUCGGAUUUGUGAAUUAAACAAGCCUACAGUUGCAUCUCAUUUGCUGGGCUGGAAGCUGCUGGCCUAUAUCAGGAGUACAUUCAGGCUGUAGACAGUCUGUCUGAGCUGCCUUCCUGUAAUGGAGCUACCUUCAAAUGUCCAUCCUCUGCCAUUUUCGUGUACAAUUAGUUGGACAUUCACUGCUUGUUUGUAACUAGAUUUCCACUGUAAGGCCUCAAUCAAUGAGAUUGUGACACUCAGAAUUAUCCAAAAUAGGAAGCAAGCUUCUACCUUUUCUUAAUACCUAAGAUUUUGCUAGAGGUCACUGUCAGCUUUGCAGUCAGUAGGAGAGGAUAAUUUAAGAAUAAUAUUUGAAACCUGAUACACUAUGCCGACUAUGCAAAGUGCUCAAGGUUCACUAUUUGUGGGGAACUUUUCAAGGGAAAGAUGCUUCUAUGAAGGGAUGUGUAAAUUGAGCGGAGGAGUAAAAGAGUAGAGAGAAAGACCAAGUUUGAAGGAUCAGGAGAUAAAUGCAUGUUACAAGUUUAUUUGUAGGGUUUCCAGAAAGAUGGUGAAAGUGUUAUAAAAGUGAUGCAAGUGUAAAUUGUAGAAGUGAAAGCAUGAGUUUCCCACAAUCAGAUUUCUCCCCCCCCCAUCCAACUAUCUUAGCUAUGUGUUAAAUGGGCAGUAGCAAUUCAUUUUUAGUCAGCUGUUCGAGGAAGAUUAUCUGUGAGUUAAAUCCCGUUUUGAAUAAUCAACAUCAGAUUUGAGAAUAGGAAACGCACGCCAUUGCUAUGCCUGAGAAGAGCCUCCUUUCCUACACUUAACGCUUGUCACUGGGCUCUUUACAUCUUCACUAAAAAGCUGAUCUAGCUCCCCCAUUCUGCAGAGCAUGCUACGGUCACAUGGUCCUAAAACGUCACAAAGCAAAGCUCAAAGAAUUCGAAAAAGGCAACCCACAAGUGCAUCUGAGGCACAGGUGCCUGCACAGAAGCUGUACACAUUUAAUUAUUCAAUCAGGUGGCCAGCUGAUGCUCUUACCCCUCCCAAUUAUGCACUUUUCUAAAAUUUGGGUUUGAAAUGUACACAUGACCUCACAGUCUCCAAACCACAGAAGACUCACUAGCUUUUCUGGGAAUACCCCAAGAAUAUGUAAUUCUGGAAAAUAAUUUUCAAAUAGCUGUUUCAGCUAUCUGUACAAAGAUAUAUAUGUGUAUAUAUAUAGAGAGAUUCUGUUGUACUGCUGUAAUAUUGUUUACUGCAUUAAUUGUACAUUAAUGUUGUCACCAAUGUAAAUGUAUCAUAUUUUAUUAACAACAUAACUUUGUUAAACUUUAGAGAUGGUAUAAACUGUUAUUUUAGCAAGGCUCAGGAAGUAUUAAUGAUACAAUGUGUCUACUGUGCGGUGUUUCCUGUACAUUCUUAGGUAAGGUGCUGGUCUAUGUUUUGUGCUCAAGCAUUGUUGAUGGGAGCAAACAGCAAGGGCUGUAGGUACAAAACAUCACUUUGAAACUGUGGUGUUGUAUUAAUACCUUAUUCACCAGUGGUUAUACCAUUUUGCAGAAAGGCAGAGUAACUUUAAGUGAGGAAUUCAGGUUCAGAGUUUACAAAAGUAAUUCCUAUUCCUAGCUGGUGGCAUUACAUAGUUACUCCAUGUCCUUAACACCCCAGUGAAUAACACUGGGUUUUUUUAUGUGCAGUAUGUUUAAAUCAAUGCAUGGUUCCAAAGAAACUUCCUAGCUACAAUUCAGAGGAUCUGUGGUAAGACUCUGGUGCUUAGAAGAUUUUUCCACACUCCAGUUUGAACCUGUAGUCAUUAUCACUUGCAUCCACUUGGAGAAGGAGGAAUAUAACAGUCCUUAUAUUCCAAAGAGAUGAUAAGAUGCUGUCUGUCAGUGCUGUCUUUUUCUUAGCUAAGUUGCAAAGGGCCCUAUUGCCGCCACUCAUUAUUA